ACACACAAGCGUGCAGACUGUGCCGACACAGGUGCUACCGCCUUCUUUGACACCAUCCAGGGCGACUCUAAGAACCUCGAGUUCCAGCAGUGUCAUUGUGGUGCCAACCCGCUCGACUUUAAGGACACGGUCGAACACGGUUACUUCUUCUUCCGCGAUCAAUGCUAUCAGCCCAGCGCCGACGGUGGUGAUAAGAACGAUGACCGCAAUAACAUAUAUGCCAUGGCCCAAGUCGUAUCCAAACAUCAGCCCCGAGCGGAGAACGCGGAGGACUUGGGGACGCAUUUGCGCAAGGGCUUUGGAACCAUUGCCUCUGAUGCGGGGGACGCAGCCGCACAGGCAUACAACACCACCAAGGCUGUGGGUAAGGCCAUGGGCAAGGCCGGCCUAAGUAUCGGGCGAGCAGCUGGUCAAACUGUCCUAGACGCGGGCGAGUCAGUUGCAAAGACGGUCGGUGGCGUGGCAUUGAACACCGCCGGUGACAUCGGCGGAGUCAUCGCCAACGGGAGCCAGUCGCUCAGGAACAAGAUCACUGGACCUGAAGCCUCUUCCACCGGACACCCAGACCAAACAAACCCUCUGCGGGAGGCGCUGAAGGAUGUGGACGUCAAGGACGCCAAAGCGGUUAAGAAGUCGUUGACCACGGGCGUAAGUCCGUCAAAGCUGAACCCCAAACUGGAACGCGUUAUGGGCACGCUGAGCCUGCCGCCGAGUCUCAGCAAGGAGGUUAUUGCUAACUUGUCAGAGGCGAGCCCACCACCGAAGGAUGUGGCCGACAAGUUCGGGGCUGAGAAGAAGUCCAUUGAACUUCCACGAGCUUCACCCUAG